GUACUAAGUAAACUUUUCUGUCGCGUUGUUCGCAGAUCGUAUUGUAAAAUCAAUUAGAUUUUUCUUUGUUAGAUCUUCAAUAUGACAACAAUUAAGAAAUUAACUGACGGUAACAACAAUAACAGUAAACCGGAGAAUUUUCAUUAUGCAGUGCAAGAAGACACUUUCUCAUUUGCGCAACACGAGCGUCCGCUGCUUGCGGCGAAUUGCUCCGAAUACGCCGUGGCGCACUCCAACAAACGCCUGCAGCCUGCGCGGCGAAUGGACGAGGUAUCAUUUCUACCGCAUAUUGUGCAUAGCAUGCGCAGGUUGAGACUCACUGCGUUAUUGCGCCUGCAGAGUUACGCAUGGCCACACCUCAGCCAGGGAGCUGGCCACGGAGCGAUCAUUGUGGGUGCUCCGCGUAGUGGACGCACAUUAAGCUAUGUGCCGCCACUUUGUCAGCAAGUGUGCAUGAUGCUGAGCCAGCUAAGAGGUGGCCAACGGUGGGAGCUGUUGGGUCCCAUUGCCGUAGUGUUAGCUGCCGAUUUGUCCCGAGUGCAGCAAAUUGGCGCUGUAUGCAAUACGAUGCUGCGGAAGGCGAAGAACGAGGAGUGGCUCAGUUUGGUGUUGACAGUUCCAUCCUCCCAGACACCAGAGUUUUUCCAGCGUCUGCUCAAUGGAGUUGGCUGUUUGGUGGCGACGCCAGCUCAGUUUCAAUGGCUAUGCAAUGUUGGCCUAAUCCAGAUGCCAUACUUAAGUUUCGUGGUCUACGAUGAUGUGGAUCUCAUGUUGCCAGAUCAACUACACAAAGCACAUCAACAUGUGCUCUCACUUACCAAGCAAAAGCGUCCACAAUUGGUAAUCACCACACAGUCGUAUAAUCACAAGCUACUCGGCAUGGUAAACCAGAUUAAUGCCCAUCCCAUGGUGCUUUUUGGUGAUAUACUUGAGGCAGCACUCUAUGGCGGCACACGGAUGCGCUUGACGCUGCUUGAAAGCAAAUCGAAGCAGCAGGAACUGCUGCAACUGCUGCAGCAACGUCCGCCGCACUUGAUACGCACCGUCAUUAAUUGCCACAACGAUGCGGACAUACUCGACCUUGUGGACUUCCUUGGCAAACGUGGCUAUGCCUGCUUGCCAUACUAUCAAAUGGCUGACAUGGAGGUGCGUGACCAUGUGUAUCGUUGGAUGGUCAACACUCGCGGCGAGUUGCUGCUCUGCACUGAUAAUUGCCCCGAGCUGGACAUUCGACAUGCCCAAACCCUGGUUCAUUAUAGCUUGAGCGAUAGCUGGAGCAAGUUUAAGCUGCGUCACUUGGCGCUAACCGAGAACUUGCGCAAUCAAUUUGAACAGCCGCUAAAGUUAAAUGAAAAGCAUCAAUUUCAAGGGGAGGAUUCAAAGGAACUACGGAAUAGAAAAAGCUUGAACCAUAAUGACCUGCUUUCGAUCGUUUUCUUGGACGAAACCAAUAACAAAGAGCUUCCGCGUCUCGUGGAGUUUCUACAAAUGCGUCAGCAAGUGGAUGAGCGGAUUGUUUGCCUGGCUCGCCAUAUACGCAACGAAUCGGAGCGCAGCAAGUGCAAUGAACCGGCGCUGUGCGAUCUGUUGCUCAGCCUGGGCCACUGUGCCAACUCACAGUGCGAGGAGCGGCAUCAGCUGCUGCCAUACGAUCGCCAGUUGCAAUCAAUGUUGCCGACCAGUGGGGAUGUGAAACUGCAACUAGUUAGGGUUUAUUCGCCCUCACAUUAUUGUGUGCGAUUGCUGGAGCACUUACCAGCUGGCGGUAAAUGGCAGUCCUUACGGCGUCGAGCAUCAUUGGAUCUUCAGUUACAAUUGCUGCAAUCGCAGGAGUGUCUGCGCCAUUGGCCGCCGAAGGCCAAACAGAUUUGCGUCUAUCGCAAUGACUAUGGCUACGAGCGUGUGCGCAUUCUUCAUGUGGCGCCCAUUGAAUUGAUCAAUCUUUCAAGAAAUGAUGUCGCUGUGGUUGUGCAGGCAAUGGACGUUGAUACUCGUCAAAUUAAGACCACUAGCGGCAAGCUGUACGUUUGCCCAGAUGAGCUUUUGAAUAAACCACAACUAGCUCUUGAUCUGCGCAUUCUUGGAAUGGUACCCUAUACGGGCGAGUGGAGUUGGCACGAGGAGGAUGCACAGCAAUGUUCAAAUUGGAUUAAUGCUGUGCCUAAGCCUAAUUUUUUGCAAGCCAGCAUCGCAGUGACUCUCUCACAUACUAUAUUUGUUCAUGAUUUGGCCGUAAUAAAUUACGCUUCCAGUCUGCAGUUGCAUGUAAGGCGCUUAAACAUGUGCCAGCAACUAGCUCUGCAUAAACUGGCUACGAAGUCGGGACAGGCGGUGACAAAACUAAUGCAGUUUUUAACAGAAGUUAAGGACGAGCCAGAAAUAAAGGAGAAAUUGUCUAUGCAUCAAGAAGUCUUAGACGAACAACUGCAGAGCCAACAACCUUUGCAGGAAAUUAAACUGAUAACAGCCAAGGGCCUUUCUGGAAGAUCUAAAUUCUUUGCAAAAAUGGCUAUACAGCUGGGGAAAGAAAACAGAGAACGUAGUGAAUAUCAACAACACGUGCAGCAGCAACAGCAACAGAAACAGGUUAAUCUGGAACAUAGUCUCAUAAAGCAUGCAGAGAAGACUUCGGAACCAGAAAGCGGUAUUGAGGCAUUGCACGAUUGCCUAAUGAGGUGCACGCUUCUGGAAUUGUCGCAGGAGUCAGAUGAGAAGAAAUUUUCAAUCGGCAAUUGCAGAAUGCCUGAAGAACUGCUAAAACAAUUAGUGGUACAGCAAGAGCAUACACCAAACUCAAAGCCAGAGUCUUGUUGUAAGCAGAAUAAGAUUAAGAUCGAGACAACUGCAGUAAAUACUACUACGAUGAAUAAUAGAAUUCAUUCUCGAAUUCCUAAAAACGCAGUGCGACCAGAGGUAAAAUACUAUCAAACACUUUGCACACUGGAACUACAGGUUGUACUGCCUGAGGACAAGAUGCCGUAUGAUGCAUUACUUUUCAAUGGUAGCUGCAUUGUCUUCUUUACAAUCGGGACAUCAGGAUCGACAAGAUAUCAGUUUACUCUGAACACACAUUGUCCGUAUCAAAGUUUUAGCCAUCAUCAGCAGGGUCGCACAGUCUAUAUAAGCAUCCUCAAGACCUUGGCAAUUACAUAUCCACUUGAAUUUAACUUUUACAAAUUCAUGAAGCCACAACAUGAGAAACUCAUUAGAAUCGAGGAGCAACGUCGGGAGCGUGUGUUCAUGUUUGAGAGCUAUCUCUUGCAUAAGGGUUUAAUACAAGGAAGAUCAGUAAGUUAUGAUAAAAGGGACAGCGAUGUUAGCAGUGACGAGCACGCCGAGGAUCCAUUUCACACUGAAGGCGCCGAGUAUGUGGAAAGAGCUCUUAAUGCAUACGAAUAUACUUGCGAGUAGUUUUAUAUUAUACCUUUAUUUCUAUGAUAUAGUCUUGUCAUGUAAAAUUAAGCUCUUAAAGCAUGACGAUCACACAUAAGAACAAGUGGGAAAGCUACAUUCGAGUGUGCUCGACUCUGAGAUACCCGUUAACCAUUUUCAAUAAAUCCAUAUUUUACAAA